UCUGUCGGGUUAUGCCAAGGCGGCGACCGUAGCUUCAGUCGUUUGCUGCACAAUGGCGCGAUCGGUCUGUGCUUGUUCGUUCUGCUGCCGCCGUCGUUUCUGAGCGGAGGGCCGGCCCAAAACGUUGGACCGUCCGUUGCGCGGGAUAUAAAUCUUACCGCACAGUCUCCCUCGUUCGUAACCGCUCAGCUCUCCAAGUUUCUUUGUUUCUCUUGAAUUAUCCAGUCCACAGAACGCUGUGUGACGACAGAGAAACGGUAACAACGACGGCUGGUCGAAAGACGAAUCGCGAGAACCGUGAACAGAAAGACCACCACCACCACCACCGCCACCACCACUACCACUACCGACAUCAUCCAGGUAGAACUAACAGAAAGAAGACCAGGUUUUAUCCGAAGCGCGCGCUAUUCGAAAAACCGAUACGCCCGAUAGGACUCGGGGGUUCGCUUUUCGAACAGACGGCGGUUUAUCAACAACGUCUUUGGGAGAAACUCGAAUUACAUCUGAACGUUUCUCCACUCCAGCCUCCCGUUCAGGAACGUACGGCGACAACAGGAAGAACAUACAAAGAGCUUUUUCGUAAAGAGUGACCGAUUGUCACCCACGAAGAUCUCCGUCCAAGGACCCAGCGGUAACCCGAAGCAACGCUGCGUGGGCCCAAGCACAAGUGAUAUUCUUAUCUAAUAAUUAAUUCGUAGCUAUACACGCGUUUAUACCGACAGAGCUUAAAAGCGUUGAAAUCGGCCCGUUACAAUCGAUAACCGUCGCAGCUACCGCGUUUGGUAAUCUUGUGGCGCGAAGUGUGUUCAAAAAAAGCUUAUCCGCUUUAACGGUUGUUGACAAUAAUUACGAAUAAUUAUAAAAUUCGAACUGGAGAAACCGGACGUAUUUUCCGUUUCGUUAGAACGAACUGUAUUUUAAAAGAAAGAAGACAGGGAAGGCAGUAGUGUCGCGAGUGUGUAAAACUGUGAGUGCGUGAAAACGGCACAAUAUGAGAGUGACAGCCGCUGUCAGGCAGCAUUCUCUUCAUCUGCAAGUGGCUCGUACCAACAAUGGAAAGUUCCUGGUCAGUCCGAACAAUAAUCAGGACAUCAGUCAGCCGACAAGCGACGAGACGAGCUCGGUACCAGCGGUUGUCCUCCCUAGUUACGAACCGUUGCCUACCGAUCAUCAUGGACCCACUAUACUCGGCGAUCGGUAUCUGCUUCUCGGACCCGCCGAGGGGAGCGCUCUGUACCAAUGUUACGACGUACACACUAGCCAACAGCUCGUCGCCAAGGCGUUGACCGUGGGCGACAAAGGUUGCGAGGCACUACUACAGGCUCACCUUCGAUUAGAAGGUACCGGAGCGGCGAGCGGUGUCGCAGGCGUGGUGGAAGCACCUGGAGGUCGACGCUAUCUCCUGCUGGAGGGCCACCACGGUGACCUGCACGCCUACGUAAGGGCGCGCAGGCGGCUGCGGGAACCGGAGGCGAGGCGGCUCUUCCGGCAAGCGGCCAGGGCUGUGGCUACGUGCCACGAGUAUGGGGUCGUGCUCAGAGACCUGAAGCUCAGGAAAUUCGUUUUCGCCGACGAAGCAAGAACACGACUUCGUCUGGAAAGUCUGGAAGAUGCAGUGAUCGUCGAAGGUGACGACGACAAGCUGACCGAUCGUCGGGGCUGUCCAGCAUAUGUGGCGCCGGAAGUACUGCGCUCAGGUCGUGCUUAUUCCGGCAAAGCUGCAGAUAUCUGGUCACUCGGUGUGCUCCUCUACACGAUGCUGGUCGGUCGUUAUCCGUUUAACGACGCCGAGCACGCAUCCCUGUUCGCGAAGAUCUCACGUGGCCAAUUCGCGGUACCAGAAGGUCUGAGUCCACGUGCCCGAUGUCUGAUCCGCUCGUUGCUGAGAAAGGAACCGUCCGAGAGACCGUACGCGGAGGACGUGCCGAGGCACCCAUGGCUCGCAAAACCGUUGCGAGUUUGCACCACGUCCAGCAGAUCCUCGUGUCAGGAUCAGAUCGUACCAGAGCUACCUAACAAUCCUCAAGACUGACUCUUCCGGGAGAAAAAGAUAUAUUCCGCGCGCGCUGGACCCAGCUUUCCUCGUUAAUCCUCUAUUUGGACGGAGAUUUUGAAAGAGGGGACUUCGUCCCAAGCUAACAUGGCUUUUGUUCACCGUAUCCGUCACCGCUUUUCUCUUAGUUUCCUUUCUCUUUUCUUUUUUUUUUUUUUGUCUUUUUUUGUUUUAUAUGACGAUGUAAACUUAGGUAUAGAGGCUCGGUUAUAUUGCGUAAAGGGAAUUGGAAAGAGAAAUGGUCAAAAUGAAAUUUAGAAAUUCUUUUAUGUAAAUAAAAAUGGCGUUGUGCAGUCAUCCCCUUUUCUGUUUCGUUCAAAAUUUCAUCUUCGUUCAGAGCUUAUAACGAAUGAAAAGAGCCAUAUUUGAUACAUUAUGUGAUGUAAGUCUCUUUAAAGAAAAACAGAAAAGGUUAACACUCACCCAUA